GCUAAGGGUGAGCAUCCAAGUUUUCUUACAUUAAAGGUGCUGAAGGGGGGUCAAGCACUUCAGGGAUACCAUCAGCCCAGAGGAAUCAGGCCAAUAUGUUCAAGAGCAGUUACCUGCACGAGGUCCGCAAGGAGAAAUAUGAGCGCUCAGAUGUCUUUGAUGAAACAGAGGACUCUGAAACCCCUGCAGGUAUCUCAGCCAUCCAGGGCUGGGAGAGCCUUCAGGAGCUCAAUAGCCGCUUUGCCCGGUACAUUAACAGGGCCCGAGUGCUUGAGCAGCGUAACGCUGUGUUCCGCAAGCAGCUAGAGACACUGCAGCGGAUGGAGGAGACCAGUGGACUGGAGGAGACCUUCACAGAGCAGAUUAAAAUCAACACUCAGAGAAUCAGAGAGCUGAGCUCUGACCAUGCCAAACUGGAGCGGGAGCUGAGGGAGGCUUGCCGCAUGCUGGAUGACUUUACAAACAAAUACAAAAGUGAAUGUGAAUACCAAGAGCGUCUGCGUGACACUUUGGAACAGUUAAACAAGGAGGCUGACAGUGCUCUGCUAAAGAAUCUGGAAUAUCAAAUCCAGUCUCAGUUCCUUCAGGAUGACAUCAAUUCCACUAGAGAUAGACAUAAGAAGAACCUUGCAGAGAUCCAAACCUAUGUAAACAUUUUGCAACAAAUAAAUCAGACACUUCCUCUUGUUCCUAAUGUGUCAGCUGGCAUCUCUGAGGAGCAGGAGAAGCUUCUUGCCCAAAGGAAGUUACCAGGGCUGCAGACUCAACUGGAGGAGUACAAGAGCGCCCUCUGUCAGCUGCAAGUUCAAAAGCAACGCCUACAGAGUGAGACUGCAAUGCUGGAGCAAACCAUAAAAAGCACGCAGGAGAAUUAUGAUGAUGAGAUCCAGGGAUACAAUGAGAAAAUUGAAUCCCUGCGGAAGGAGAUUGAGGAAGCAGAGAAAUCACUGGAAAAGUACACUAGUGAAUGUCGUCACCUAGCCAUGUAUCAGACUUCUCUAGAGAAUGAGCUGGAGCGAUACAAGAGGAUCAUUGAGAAUGAGGAUAACAGGUUGAAUUCUGCCAUAAUUGGCACUCCCAUUACCCUGUUUACCACUAAUUAUCGCUACACUCACACACCCAGCGCAUCCAGCAGGGGGAGAGAUAUCACCCAGGCUAUCCAAGAUAUUACAAACAUGAAGCCCAGACAGAAGGUUCUGGCUAAAAAGGUUUUGAAGAAGAAAGAGCUGACCCCAAAAGAUGUCAUAGAAAGUGGGCAGGAGGAGAGAAAUGUUGGAGAGGGUGAAGAUGAAGAAUCUAAGGAGGUCUCAUUUGGGGAAGUGCAUGAGGAUAAGGUAAAAGAAGAAGAGAAGAGGCUUGUGUUCACUGGAGUGUCUCCACAGGAUGUCCCAGAUGGAGCUCAGAUAAGCAAAGCCUUUGACACUCUUUGCAAUAUUGUCAGAGACAGAAUGAGAAAGUACAAGAGGCCUGAGCCAAUCGCUGAUUUCUACACCAAAGGUCGCUAUGUCCUUGUUACUGGCGAUGGCAGCUACUUGGAUCCUUGCUUCUAUACCUCCACUCCUUCAGCUGGCCGCAUCUUUGUCACUAUCAGAGAUGGAAUGAUGUAUCCUUAUGAGCCUCACGGACGCAGAACACCCUCUCCUCCACCCUCUCUGCCCAUGGUAGACCCCAGGCCUCCUAGUCCCACCCUGCCCCCUAAUCAUGGAGAAGAUAACAUCAGUGGAAAAGCUAAAGAUGGAGGAGGAAAGGGUAAAUUCAAUAACGGAGAGCCCUCCUCAAAAGACCCAAACCCAUUGUCUCCACCAUCUGACCCAAACCCCCAAGAUCCCACCCCUGGGAACAACAGGUCCAAAAAAAAUGGAGAUAACAAAGGUCCAACUCCAAAGCCUGCACCUCGUGGUACUAGCACUUCUAGUUCAGGUUCCAGCACCACCAGUUCUGGAAGCUACACCCCAGACACCAUGAGCUAUGAAAAGGUGGAGGUAUUGGAGUCUGUGGAAAAGUUCUCGAAUGAUCGCAAAGUCAGAGGUUAUGAGGAAACAUCCAUGGUGGUGGAGACCAUGAUUGAAAAGUCUAGCAAGAAGAAACACUGAAACAAUCCAUCAAUUUCUUUCUAAUACAAAUG